AUGAUCUCAGCACAAGGCACGAUAGCAAUUGCAACCAACGACGCGGAGGUAGCAUCACCGGUCCGAACGAUCAGACCCUGGGAAGCCCUCAGCCUGUUCGGUUUCACAAAAGAGGAAAGCAGAAAACUGUUGUUUGAGGAGAAACUCAGUUGCAGAGAGACAAAAGAGACAACGAAGAGCAUGGCACCACAGCAGGUGUGGCAGCAAGUGUUCACUUACAGCAUGUGCAAAAACAUCCAGCGACAACACCUAUUGGACAAAAUAGAACACAAAUUCUUGACAAUGUACUCAAGACCAAAACAUGCGAAGAAACACCUAACAGCAAUAGUCAGCAGAUCCAUCCACCCAUUCACAACGCUACCGAUCCCAACCGGAGACGAUUGGCAAGAGAAAUGCAACGGAGACCUGGACAUCAGCCACAUCAUCAAGGCAAUCCGCAACAACAAAAAGGUAGACAGAUCAAAGCUCACAAACCCAACGUAUGCCUCAGAACUCAACAGAGAUAAGCUAGAGAUUGAAAACGGCAUCCUAUACCAAUUCGAAGAACCGAAGUCGCCGAAGUCGGCGCCAAUGCGUCAACUACGACGAGCGGUCGUCCCACCAAGAUUGAGAGCCACAAUCAUAGCAGCAUACCACAUAUCACCAAUGGCAGGACACGUAGGGUUCCACAAGACGUAUUACAGGAUAGCCACAAGGUUUUGGUGGCCCGGGAUGGCAAAGGAUAUCAGAGAAGCAGUCCUAGGAUACGGACAUUGCAAUGCAGCCAACGCGCCGAGCCACAAAAACCAAAAGAUUCUACAACGGACCCCAAUCGAAGAACCAUUUGACUUAUGUUGCAUGGACGUUUGGUCGCCAGGAUCAACAAAGAACGCUACCAAACUGCCCACAACUUUGAGGAAGACACUUACAAACAAAGGAGUAGUCACUUACGUUUGCAACAUGACAGGUUGUGCCACGGUCGCUUUCAUCAGCUCCAUGGACUCAGGGAACAUGGCCAGAAUAGCAUUCUCGCAAUUCUUCACGGUCCGAGGCCUGCCACGAUUGAUCCUCAUCGACGAAGGCAGCGAAAACAAAGAUCAAUUUACCGCCCUAUGCGACACGAUUGGAAUCGCAUACCACACGGUGCAACAAAUCGGAGCAGCUGACAUGAACACUUACAAAGAAUGGGCAAUGAACACCAUGUUUGGAACAUAUGCAUGGAAUGCAGCCCCAGUAGAUGGCACGGAUAUCCAACGAGCAUUCGCCGCAGUGGCACGACACUUCAAAUUUCCACUAGACAACUCAGCGGCGGCAUUGUCAAUAUCGGAGGCACGUCAGAAAAACAGGACACGACACCAGCAAACGCCAGGACAGAACACACUAGAGCACAUUGAGACAAUGUUCCCACUCUUCUGGAGACAAAAGGAACUGCUUAAACUUCUCAAUGAGGAACAAAGGGAACACCACAGAAUGCUCAAGAAUCAAACCAGAAUGCGACGGAAAUUUGAAAUUGGAGACCUUGUUAUGGUUCGGAAACAAGUACAAUCAAACGCCUCUGCAGGAAUACCAGCAAAACUGGUGCUAAGAACAAAAGGACCCUACAGAGUCAUCGAGAAAGCGUCAGACGACUUGUACAGACUACAAAAGAUCCCAGGAACAAGCACCAUGCUACAGAAGCGAGGAUCGACCCCAAUCAAAGAAUCAGCAUUCAGAAUGCACAAGAUCCCAUCAACAAUAAUACUUCACAAACGAGUGGGAGUGGACACACCAGAUACAAGACUAGCAAACACAAGGAGCCCGCUAGCACACAGCCCCUUGGAAAUGAAUCUAGGACUGGUUGAUUUUGGGAAAUACGCGACAACACCGACAGACGCAGAAAACGCAUUUGAGCCAAUCAAAGACCUUUGGGAUGAAGAGGUUGCGCCAACGGAAGAUUCAUCAGACAAAGAAGAAGACGACACCCCUACACCAUCCAUACUGGACGCUAUCCAACGCACACAGCCUCGGCCAAUUAACCGAGACGUACCACCAACAGAUACACAAGGCGCCAACCAAAACCAUCACAGAAGAACUCAAUCUACAGAGCGUAUACGAACAAACCACACAAUCCAAGGACAAAUUAUAUGUCUUAGCCCAUCAAGACAACACAUCAGGGUGGAACAACUGGGCGCCCCAAUGACCAGCCCCUUUUGGCCCCUAAUCAAAGAAUUUGCCGACGAGACAACAUACGGCCCAACAGUACCCAUUAGACCCAGCAAAGUAGACCAGGUGCUAAACAAGAGCCCGCACAAAUACGCCUGGUACCAGAAAGAGGUCAACAUCGUUGAAGAUGGCGUGUACGGACCGUUUGAUUUUGAACGAGACUACAAAAUACCGGAUGUGGUGUGGGAAAAAGUGAGAGAGGCGGCACCACAGAUGAAACUAAAAGUGGCCAACAUCACGCCCAAGUCAACACCACCAGGUAGAGCACACAAACGAGCGCAACACAAACGAUAA